GGAGAGAGCAGGCACUGCAUGCGGCAGUAUACUGGCAAGGGGCCAGAACGCCCAGUUGUGCUGUGCUAAGAGAUCUUUUUCCAGCUCUUGUCCCUUGAAAUAGUUAUGGACUUCUAGACGAUUUCUGCUGGUGUGGCCGCACUUUUUAGUCCCUGCUCAAGCUGCUUGAAACAGCCAAUCAGGUUGCUUGCUUUGUGUGCCAACUUGACCAGCUUGCAGUGUUCUCUAGAAGGUAAUUAGAAGGUGGUGCUAGUGGUGCUGAUUGCAACGAGGGGAGACGAAACAUGCAAUUGGUCAACUAACACAGGGCAACCUAAUCUCUCCUAUGCAGAAGGCCGCCUGCGUGCAAUGCCGCCACAUCACCUUGUGCAGGCUCAUCUGUUCAUCAGGGAGUAGUACUCUGAAGAUCCCCAAACUUCGCCUGUGGCUCAAGUGAAACCACCAUGCUUCCUUCCUCAGCUAUUUGAUCACCACCUAGCUCAACCAAAGCUUUUCAGCAGUGGCCUCACCUUGAGCAAGAUGAAGAAGCCUAAAACACACCAGCCAGCGAUCUCCCGCUUCUUUGCUCCAAAGCCUAAAGCAACCGCCGAGCCGGCUGCUGGGGCUCCGGCACCGCUGCACAAGCGUUUGUCUGGGGAGAGGGACUCCUUGACGCCUGUCCGAGAUGAACCACCUCAGACACCUGGGAAGAGUGUGUCCGACAGGGGUCAGAUGACGGUAUCCCCUGACAAGGUGCUGUCGACCAAGAGAAAAGAGGUCAGCAAGGAGGCUGAGGACUCAUCUGCAAAGCGGCGCAAGGUUGCAAAAGAGGAUAGGGAGGCAACAGCUAGGGUAGGGGCAGCAUCAAUUGCUGACGUCACGGGAGUGGUGCCUGAUGCUGACGUCACGGGAGUGGUGCAGAAUGCUGACAUCACGGAGGAGGUGCAGGAGACAAUGGAGGAAACGGCAACUCAGGGUGCUGCACCAGAGAGGGGAGAGGAGCCUGAACAGGCGUUCCCCAAAUCAGAUCCAGUCAGGCAUGCAAAGUUUGUGGAGAAGCUGCUGGCAAGGAGUGAUGACCAGGGGCGCCUUUCGGAGCGGACAGGCGCGGCUCAGCUCACCGGCCCUGGGGUCAAGUACACCCCACUGGAGUUACAGAUCGUUGAGCUCCAGAAGCGUUACCCAGACGUGCUACUAAUGGUUGAGGUCGGAUACAAGUACCGCUUCUUUGGCGAAGACGCUGAGACGGCGGCUCGCGUGCUCAACAUCUUUGCACACUACGACCACAACUUUCUGACAGCCAGCGUGCCGACGCACCGCCUACAUGUGCACGUGCGGCGCCUGGUGGAGGCUGGGUUUAAGGUGGGGGUAGUCCGUCAGGCGGAGACUGCCGCCAUCAAGUCGCAGGGCCCCAACAAAUCGGCCCUCUUUGGCCGGCGCCUCUCGGCUCUGUAUACACGUGCCACUUUGGAGGCGGGAGAGGAUUUGGGAGGGGGCUCACAAGAUGAUGCGGUCGGGAAGGGGCGGCUCAGCAGCUACCUCAUGUGCAUAGCAGAGGAGACUCUCGACCUCAAUAAAAAGCCGGGGCGCGCCCCUCUAAAGGCAGAGGAAGACGAAAUGGCGGCAGAGCCCGAGGGGCCUUCCACUUUGGCGGGGGGGUUCGACGCCACUUUUGGGGUCGUGGCGGUGGAGACGGCGACUGGUGACGUCAUGUACGGACACUUCAAGGACACGGUAAUGCGGUCCGACCUGGAGUCGUGCAUGAUCUCCGCGGCGCCCGUGGAGCUGCUCCUGGCGGACCCGAUCUCGGCACCCACGGAAAAACUCCUCCGCGACUUCGCCGACCCCAGCGGCGUCCGCACGGAACGCGUCUCGCGCGCCAAGUUCCAGGGCGGGAGCGCCUCGUCCUACGUGGCAGACUUUUACUGCAGCAAGCGGCGGGGGGCGCAGGACGGGGCCAAGGCGACUCUUGGAGCCAUGGGGGGGGAUGCGGAUCGAGAGACUGCUGAGGAAGAGGAAAGGAAUGCGAAGAGUUUGGAAACGGUGCUGGGGCUGCCGGAUCUGGUGCUUCAGGCGCUCGCGCUCGCGCUGGAUUAUUUGAGGGCGUUCGGACUGGAAGACGUGCUCCGGUUAGGCGCAUCGUUCCGGCCCUUUGCUGCGGUCCAGGAGAUGUGCCUCUCGCCCAACGCGCUGCGCCAGCUGGAGAUCCUGCGCAACAGCGCGGACGGCACCGAGAAGGGCAGCCUCCUCUGGCUAAUGGACCAGACAAGCACGCCGUUCGGGGGGCGCCUGCUGCAGCACUGGAUCUGUCACCCGCUUCGCAACCUCGACAUGAUCAAGGCUCGCGCAGACGCCGUCCAAGAGUUGGCGGGCUCUCUGAGCACGUCCGCUUUAGAGAACAAGUACCCCGGGAGUGGGCGGGGGGGCGGGGCGAACGCCGCGGCAGCGGCUGCCGCCGCGGAGGGGAGUGUGGGGGGGCUGGCAGGAAUUUUGGGCAGCCUCGGCAAGAUGCCGGACGUCGAGCGCGGCAUCACGCGCCUCUUCCACCGGACGGCGACCCCGUCCGAGUUCGUCUCCGUCAUCCAGUCGCUCCUGGCCGUCUCCCGCCGGCUCGGCCACGUGCCUGUCUCCGAGGGACACGUGGCAGAUGACGUCAGCGGCUCGGGGGUGCGCGCGCCGCUGCUGAGGCGGCUCCUGGCGGCUGCCACGUCAGCAACGGUGGUCCGGGAGGCGAAGAAGCUGCUCGCGGGCGUGGACGCGAAUGCGGCGCGGAGCGUGCCGGCGGCCGACAAGACGAACCUGUUCGUUUGCGAGAACGGCCGGUUUCCGGAGGUCGCCAGCUGCAAGGAGCGCAUCGCCGCCUGUGAGCGCGAGCUCGACGACCUGCUGCCGCAACUCCGCAAGCUGCUGCGCAAUCCGAGUCUUCAGUACAAGAGCGUUCUGGGCACGGACUACCUCGUCGAGGCGCCCCCGGCUCAGAGGGUACCCGCAGACUGGAUCAAGGUCAGCACGACGAAGGCGCAGAUCCGGUACCACCCCCCCGAGGUGCUUGAGGCGUUUGAGAGCCUGGCGGUGGCUCGCGAGGAGCUGACCGCCGCCUGUAACCGAGCGUGGGAUGCGUUCCUGGCCGACUUCGCAGAGCACUACGUUGACUUCCGCGCCGCAGUGCAAGCCCUCGCCGCUCUCGACUGCCUCCACUCUUUGGCCAUCCUUUCUCAGAACCAGGGGUACGUCCGCCCAGUCUUCGUCAGUCAGGAGGAACCCCCCCAGUUGCGGAUCACCGGCGGGCGGCACCCCGUGUUAGAAGCGACGCUCAAGGACAACUUCGUGCCGAACGACACGUGUCUGACGGCGACUGGCGAGCGGUGCCAGAUCAUCACGGGGCCCAACAUGGGCGGCAAGAGCGUGUACAUACGACAGGUGGCGUUGAUCGUCAUCAUGGCUCAGAUGGGCUCAUUCGUUCCCGCGGACUCCGCAACCCUCCACGUGUUCGACAACGUGCACACGCGCAUGGGCGCCUCCGACUCGAUCCAGCGCGGCCGCAGCACGUUCCUCGAGGAGCUGUCCGAAGCCGGCGCGAUCCUCCGGGGCGCGAGCGCGCGCUCGCUCGUGAUCAUGGACGAGCUCGGGCGCGGGACCAGCACCAUGGACGGCGUCGCCAUAGCGUAUGCGACGCUGCAUAGCCUAUUGGCCGAGCAACGCUCGCUCGCGCUGUUCGUGACGCACUACCCGCAGAUCGCGGAGCUGAGGAAGGAGUUCCCGGCGGAGGUGGGGACGUACUUUGUGUCGUAUCUGGCCGAAGAAGCGACGCACCGGGCGCCACGUGGCGGCUCGGAGGGCGGUGCUGACGUGGCAAGAGGGGAGGGCGAGGGGGGGGCGACGUCACGGGAGCAGGAGGCCGACCAGAAAGUGACGUUUCUGUACAAGCUGGUCCCGGGGCUUUCCCCCAGGAGCUUUGGGCUCCACGUGGCACGUCUGGCGGAGAUUCCGGACCCGGUUGUUUUGCGGGCUGCGCACAUGGCUGCGAAAAUGGAAGCCGAAGUGACGGAGAGGGCAAGCCACAAACGGCGAAGACUGACAGCCGUUCCGGAAGAGGUUGAAUUGGAACCAAGCAAUGCAGCAGCAGUCAACGAAGAGCAGACUGCCGAAACGUCCAGUUACGAACCCUCUCAUCAAACAAAAGCAAGACCGGAAAGCUCGUCAGAAGAUGAAAAGGCGCGGAUGCUGCUAGACCAUUUACGGAAGAUGCCCAGCACGGCGGGUCGAAAAGAAGAGUUUCUGGAACGACUGCAAGAGCUUGUCAAAGCUUAGCCGCAUACGUGCACCUGUCUGAUCGUGUCCGAUCAUCGGGACAGCAUUUCGCGUCUACGCCAGCAAGGGCCAGACUUCGGUAUCCGCUGCUUGCCUCAGCUUCCGACUUGGUCAGUGUUCCGAUGAUCCAUGCGUUUAGUGAGUGCCACUAAUUUCCCGAUGAGCGGAACAGCAGGCACGUGCAGUCGUACAGAAUUGCAC